UUUUGUUGACAGGAAGAGUGUGGUGCGCUGUCGAAUUAGUCAGCCAGGCUGCCUAGGUGGCUUGUAAGCAAUACACAGAAGACAAUUCAGCCAUCUAUUCAUCAAAGGAUUGUCAAAUUGAACUAUGGUUUUUAAGACCGAUCCAGGGCAAAUAUGCAAUGGAGGUCAAUAGUGGUUGCUCUCGUCGUGCUCAGACUCACUGUCAGUUGUCUGCUAUGGCUAGCGUUUGGGCUGGGACCUAGCUGGGGGUUCAACUUCCCCCUUAAUUUCAAUUUCAAUUUGCACAAAAUAGAACUUUUUAAGCAAGAUGAUGGGGAAUCCGCAAAGGCCAAUUCCUGGUCUCAACGAAUACACGGCCAUGGAGACGCACAAUGCAGAACCUCUUGUGCCAGUAAAGAGGACUCACCUAAGAAGUCUUACCUUAGCCUCUUUGAGGGGGACAGGGACGAGUAUGACAGGAGAUAUAGCUCCUUCCCGGACACACUCAAGUUAAAGAUGAAAGGCAUGGCCAAAGACAUGUUCUACUUUGGAUAUGACAACUACAUGAAAUAUGCCUUUCCUGAGGAUGAGCUGAAUCCCAUUGACUGUCAAGGGAGAGGGCCUGACGUUCUCAACCCGUCAAACAUCAACAUCAAUGAUGUUUUGGGAAACUAUUCCCUGACACUCAUUGACACCCUUGACACUUUACUGGUCCUGGGGAAUGUGUCAGAGUUUCACAGAGCGGUGAAGUUGGUGAUAGACACAGUCUCUUUCGACAAGGACUCCACUGUGCAGGUGUUUGAGGCUAACAUCAGGAUCCUGGGUAGCUUGAUCUCUGCUCACAUCCUCCUGACUGACCCCAAGCAUCCCUUCGGCAACGUGGGCCUGGUGGACUAUGACAAUGAGCUACUGCACCUGGCCCACGACCUGGCAGUACGCCUGCUGCCAGCCUUCGAGAACACCAGCACAGGCAUUCCCUACCCCAGGGUGAACCUGAAGAGUGGUGUCCCUCCAGACAGCAUCAAUGAGACUUGCACAGCAGGGGCUGGCUCCCUGCUGGUGGAGUUUGGCAUUCUCAGCCGUCUGAUUGGAGACUCCACGUUCGAGUGGGUGGCCAGACGGGCUGUCCGAGCCUUGUGGAAACUGAGGAGCAAUGAGACGGGCUUGCUAGGGAACGUGGUGAACAUCCAAACGGGACAGUGGGUUAGCAAGCAGAGUGGCCUGGGAGCAGGGAUGGACUCGUUCUACGAGUACCUGCUCAAGUCGUACAUCCUGUUUGGAGAGAAAGAGGACUACCGGAUGUUCCAAGCUUCUUAUGAGAGCAUCCAGAACCACCUGAGAAGAGGGAGGGAGUCAUGUAACGAAGGAGAAGGGGACCCUCCACUCUACGUCAAUGUGAACAUGUUCAACGGCCAGAUCAUGAACACCUGGAUCGACUCCCUGCAGGCCUUCUUCCCCGGCCUCCUGGUGUUGAAUGGGGAUGUGGAGGAGGCCAUUUGCCUGCAUGCAUUCUACUACGCCAUCUGGAAGCGCUUCGGGGCCCUGCCGGAGAGGUACAACUGGCAGCUACAGGCACCUGACGUGCUCUUCUACCCCCUGAGGCCAGAACUGGUGGAGUCCACCUAUCUCCUGUACCAGGCAACCAAGAAUCCUUUCUAUUUGCACGUUGGAAUGGAUAUCCUAGAGAGCCUAGAAAAAAAUGCCAAAGUCAGGUGUGGGUAUGCCACUCUCCACCACGUGGUGGACAAGUCCAAAGAGGAUCGCAUGGAGAGCUUCUUCCUCAGCGAGACCUGCAAAUACCUUUACCUGCUGUUUGAUGAUGACAACCCCUUGCACAAAUCCGAGAACAAGUACAUCUUCACCACGGAGGGCCAUGUGGUGCCUAUCGACAAGCGUUUUCGGGAGAAGCAGUGGAACGACCUGUCCCCCUGUGAGAAGGUGGUAACAGAUCAGGAAACUUCCAACGGGCCUUUCUCUAACAAUAGCAACUGUGACCGGAUCCCUGAGGAGCGGAGGUAUUCUCUACCUCUGAAGAGUGUGUACAUGAGACAGAUCGAUCAUAUGGUGGGACUGUUUUGAGCUCUUGGAGGAGAGGAGGACACUGGUGUGAACGGGUCCCCAGUCUGUAGACUCACUCAGGCACAGCUUGUUGUGUGAAGAGGACAGAGGGGAAUAGACCCUUAUCGUCUCACCUCACCCCCCACUCCGAACUCUUCUGCUGCUCAGGACCAAGGUGGACAAUACCAACUCUCUAGAACACCUUUUAUUUUUUAUUUUGCGUUAUUGUUUUAUAAUAUGCAUCACUUAGUGUACAGAGGGAGACAUUUCUUUUUUAAAGGAGACUUAAAAAAAAAWAUGUUUUGAGUGUGACUCGUCGGGGUUGGUGCCAGUACGACUGGGAUUUUUUGCUUCAGGAAUAAAUGAACGAAGCAAUGAGGGAUUUAGUGUUUGGGUGUGGGUCUGUAGCUAGGUGUUCUGAACAUACAGCUGAUCUGUGAAAUAUUUUUGGGUUGUGGGAACAGUGCCAUCCAGAUACAGGUUUGUAGUUCAAGUGCAUUACUCAAAAAUAGAUCGCACUACACAGGGUGACUAGUGCCUCACUGCUUGGGAUUUCCAAAGGCCUCUUGGAAUGUCACAGUUCUUAUGUUUUCAGAGGCCUCCGCUUCGGAGUCAUCCAGCUUUUCUCUUUUAUUCAUUCGGUAAUAUUACGUUUGUGAGGUGAGUGUGUGAGAUAUGCAUCUCUGACUAUCAUGCGAUGGCCCUUGCAAUAGGCAGAUGUAUGCAUGUCAUUUUAUGUGCCAUGACAGUGAGAUAGAGAUACUAYACAAUCACAUGGACAACAGUGCCUUGGGCUUUUUGGUUCAUUAUUAAUACAGACUUGACUUGAUGCAGUGAAAUAGGUUAUUCCAUUCUGAGACCGUUUUGUUUGUUGGAAGUCAUUCCUCUUUAGUACAAUAUUAAUGACACGGAUCAUGGCACAUAGCCAGGUCAGUCUGUCAUACCUGUAUCGUUUGAACAAAGCCAUAAAGUGUGUCAUGUUUUUAAGAUUGCUGUGUAAGAGUGGCAUGUCUCCAUUGAACAAUAAUGAUACAUUUCUAUUCAUAGUAUUCCUAUUCAAGAAAGGGCUAUGUCAUGUCAGACACUCAUGCGGAUAUAUUUUCUGUUGAGUAUGCAGGUUGUACUGCUUUGUUCACAUUCCUGUUAGCUUAGCUCUAUAUCCAAAGUUUUAGUACGUAGUUAUACAGUAUGUGUAUGUGGAAGCAAAUGGUCCUUCCCAUCGAUAACCAUCCCUUAAUGCUGCUAGCAGAAUAUCUCAAGUACCUGUAUGUGGAGAGGAAACUCAGGGAUUGACAAAUGUCAUGUUUCUUUUCUGGGAGUGAACUCUUGGUGGUUUUUGUUAAAGAUGAUCUUCUUGA